UUCCAAUAUACAUUCUUUCUACACAUCUAUAUAUACACUCACAGCUACUUAUAUAGUAUUCUGCAAGGUUGCACUAUUUUCUGUCCUUAUGAGUUUUCUUGGUAAAAUGAAGGAAAACGCAGUCAACCCUCUCCGUCUCACAUCACUGAACCAUGUAUCUCUCUUGUGCCGAUCCCUAGAAGAGUCGAUGAAUUUUUACCAAAACGUGUUAGGGUUCUUCCCGGUUCGAAGACCUGAAUCUUUAGAUUUUGAAGGCGCUUGGUUGUUUGGACAUGGAAUUGGAAUACACCUCUUGCGUUCCACAGAGUCUGAAAACCUUCCGAAGAAAACUGCGAUUAACUCCAGAGAUAACCAUAUCUCUUUUCAGUGCGAGAGUAUCGGGGCAGUGGAGAAGAAGCUUGAUGAAAUGGGAAUAAAGUAUGUGAGGGAGCUAGUACAAGGAGGAGCAAUCAAAGUGGACCAGCUCUUCUUCCAUGACCCUGAUGGCUUCAUGAUAGAGAUCUGCAAUUGUGAUAGCAUCCCUGUUGUCCCCCUCGUGGGAGGAAUGUCUCAGUACUGCUCAAGAGUCAAACUUCAUCAGAAGGUGCAACCACAACCACAGAUUAAUUAAGAUCCACCCUUAGCUAUCUCCCUUAUUGUUGUGUGUGUUUUGUGUGCGUAUGUACUUUGGGUUUGUUUGAUUUGGGUGUAAUGAAUAAGAGACCGGUCGACGGGAAUCAGUGAAUGUGAUUCCGAACGAUCAUUCUCCCAGCUUUUCUUGGUAUAUGAUAUAACCACCAUGAGAUUAAUGUUACAUAUAAUGUUUUAGUUGGUUUAUGUUUUUCUCCUGUGUUGUGUGUGUUUGAUUUUGGAUGUGAUGAAUAAGAGACCGACGUGAAUCAGUGAAUGUGAUUCCCCUCGAGGAAAUGAUCAUUCUCUCGAUUUAUUUUUCAUAUAAUGUUUCUAAGAGAAUAUUUUAAAAUAAAAUUGCAUA